AUGACAGAUAUGUCCGCCAAGACUGCUGCCUCUACUGUCGCCAAGGCGGCGGCCGCUGCUCACCGUCUGCCCCAUGCCACCAUCAAGCCGCAUCGGUCCUCUACCCGCGGCCAUUCCAACCAUGGCUGGCUUAACACAUACCACUCCUUCUCCUUUGCCGACUGGUACAACCCCAAGUUUCAAAGCUUCGGAUCUUUGCGCGUGCUGAACGAGGACCGGGUCCAGCCCGAGUCGGGCUUCCCCACGCACCCGCACCGCGACUUUGAGAUUUUCAGCUAUGGCAUCUCCGGUGAGCUGACACACCGCGACUCCAUGGUCCGCAGCGGCCACGAGGACGGUGUCAACGCGAAGCAGUUCUAUCGCGUGAAGCGCGGUGACGUGCAGUUCACCACGGGCGGCACGGGCAUUGCACACAGCGAGUUUAACGAGCACAAGACAGAUCCCGUCCACUUUUUGCAGAUCUGGGCUGUCCCAUGGAAGCGCGGCCUGCCUCCGAACUACCACACUGCCAACUUCAACGACGAGUCUAAGCGCGCUGCCGCUGAGAAGGGUGCGUUUGUGCCCAUCCUGAGCCCGCUCGCUGCCGGCCCGGACGCGACGGCUGCCGAGGAGGCCGCCGCCGUGCCCAAGAUACCCGGUACCAUCCCAAUCCACGCCGACUUUGGUAUGGGGGCAACUCUGCUGGCGCCCCAGAAGACGGCUACUUGGACGGUCGGUCUGGGCCAACCUGGCGCUGUGACGGAGGCCAACAAGCGCAAGGUGUUUGUGCAUCUACCCAUGACGACCAAGCACAAGGCCAACGGCGGUCCGGGCGCACGCAUUCGCCUAGACGGCCGUGAAGACGCCAUCCUGGACGAGGGUGAUGGUGCCUUUGUCGAUUUUGUCAACGCCGGCGACAAGUUGACGGUUGAGAGCAUCGGCGCGGCCGAUGCCGAGGUUGUUGUCCUGGACACGGCGUGA